AUGAGGAGGUGGAGCUCAAGCUUCAAGGCCAUCUCCUGCCAUGGUGACCUGCCGCCUCCGCCUUUCAGCAAGGAUCAAUUGCCCCUCAAGACCUUUCCGUCUCUCACGCCAAAGAAGGGCGAGGUCGUGGUCUCGGUGAAAGUUGCAGCAGUGAACUUCCCGGACGUGCUCAUCGCACAAGGGAAGUAUCAGAUGAAACCAGAGAAAGAGUUCAGUCCUGGGUUUGAGUUCUCAGGGACCGUGAAAACUACCGGGGAGGAGGUCAAGCAUCUGCAGGCUGGAGAUCGGGUGAUCGGGUUUGUUCCUUGGGGCGCCUUCGCAGAAGAAGUAUCCGUGUCCCGGCAUAACUUGAUCAAGAUGCCGGAGGGAAUGGACUUCAAGGAUGGAGCAAGCUUGCUCAUGGCGUACGGAACUUCAUACUACGCCCUCCACCAUCACGGAGCGAUCAAGGCUAGCGAUACCGUACUGAUCCUUGGAGCCUCUGGGGGAGUCGGGCUUGCCGCGCUGGAGCUGGCCAAGGCUCAGGGAGCUAAGGUGAUCGCCACCGCAUCCGAAGAUUCGAAGCUUGAGCUGUGCAAGGCCCGGGGGGCGGAUGUACUGAUAAACUACAAGAAGGACGACCUGAAGAAAGCGAUGAAAGAGGUUGCGCCCGAAGGAGCCGACAUAGUCUAUGACCCGGUAGGUGGAGAUCUCACCGAGACAGCGCUGAGGAACGUCAAGUGGAACGGCCGAUACCUUGUCAUUGGAUUUGCAUCCGGAGAGAUUCCGAAGAUCCCUUUGAACAUCCCCUUGCUGAAGGGUUGCUCCAUUCACGGCGUGUUCUGGGGCAGUUUCGCCAUGAGGGAACCUCAGAGGUUGCAGCAACAAAUCAAGAGCAUCAUGGAGUUGUACCUCGCUGGAAAGGUUAAGCCGCACGUCAGUGCAGAGUAUCCCCUCGAAGAUGCGUAUUUGGCACUUAAUUCCUUGGCGGGCCGAAAGGUUCUAAAUCUACUCUCUUCAAACUUUCGGAUCCUUUGUGACCGUCGGAUUUGCAGGCGACAGGAAAGGUGCUUCUGA